UCUGAGCCAAAUGAAUACAAGUUGCUUCAAGAGUACCUGGAUUUGCCAGAUGACUUCCCUGACAAGACACUCAACCUUGAGGACUUAUGCAACUUACCUAGACUUUCUACAGUUGAUGCUCUGACUCAAACGUCCUCACUCCCCAAACUUAUCACCAAUAAAUAUGUACUGUUUAAUAAUGUAGCAACUUACCUUUUAACAAGCUGGGCGAAUUGCAAAGUGAAAGAAAAGACAAAUAACAAGCUAGAUGUCCUUGUGCACAAAGUCUUGCUUUAUCCAGACUUCAAGCUAUUGGACUUAGUAGACUACAGAGCAAGGUGGGAGAAUUCACACAUUGACAGUCUACACCACAAUAAUGAUUCCCCUGAGUCUUCCCAUUCUGAUGACUGGUGUGAAGGAUCAGUUAAGAUCAAGCUACCUCCUGAAGACAACAAGAAGUGGCCUGGGGGCAAAGAAAGAGCUCCUGAAUUCGAAGUCAGGGGAAUACACUACUGGCCCUUGCUAACAACAAUCUUCAAAGCCUUGGACAACCCUUGUUCUCCUCCUUUUCAUUAUAUGCCUUACAGGGAGCUUUGGAGACUAACAGUAUGUCACGACUCCUCUCCUGAACACAUUUAUAGUGAACUAUAUUGCUCAGAUUAUUGGUUGGAAGCCUACAAAGAAGUACAAAGCUUUCCAACACAAGACAGUGCUGAAAACUUUGUACUUCCUCUUAUUCUCUAUUCAGACUCAACACAUCUUGCAAAUUUCGGUUCUGCAUCACUUUGGCUGAUAUACAUGUACUUUGGAGGCUAA